AAGAGAAGUAAACGAACACCCGAUCCAGCCCGAUCCACACAAAGCAGAAGAAACUUGAGACGGCAGACGGCAUUCAAUCGGUUAACUCUUUAUGUCUUCAACACCUACAGCUAGAGCAAAAAUAAUGGUUUUGCGUGUCUUUUGGGCUUUAUUUGUUCAGGGAGAUCCGACGCUUUUCGUUUGUUGUAAGACAAUAUGAUUUUGAUGCCACGUCGUUUACUGAUAAUUCCUCACCAAUGAUUGAUGUCUCCAUACUAACAUGGCCUUUCCCAUUCGUUGGUGCUGGAUAUGGCUGAAACGGAACUGGAUUGUUUCUAUCUUAUCUCUCAUAUUGUUGACUUUACUUUUCAGUAUUUUUAGCCUUAGAUGGUCAGAUGUAGAUGCCAGGGUAGGAAACCUUAAACCUUCCCUAAAUGAAUUGACAGUUUCACGAUUAUCUUUAAACCAUGGCAUGAAGCAGUUGAAUAGGGUUUCAACUAAUCAAAGCGUUAAUGUAGGGGAAAUUCGUGCCAAAAUGUUAAGAGAAAAGAUCCAGAGAAUAGCUCAAAAAGUCAACAAACCUCAAACACUUGAUAAUGUGAAUAAACUAGAGCCUAAUCUCCAUGUCCAUGCAUUUUACUAUGCAUGGUAUGGUAAUGUAGCGGUUGAUGGGAAUUGGAGCCACUGGAACCACCUGUACCUCACUAAUUGGAAAAAAGAAGAUAAGAAAGUUUAUCCUACUGGCAGACACAAGCCUCCUGAUGACAUUGGAGCAAACUUCUAUCCACUGUUAGGAUGCUACAGCUCUCGGGAUCCAAAAAUCAUUGAUGAACAUAUGCGCUUAAUGCAUCAAGCAGGAAUUGGAGUAGUUGUACUGUCUUGGUACCCAGAGGGAAUGACUGAUUCUCCUGAGGACAUUCUUCCUCUUGUACUAGAUGCUGCUCAUCGUUACAAAUUAAAGGUGGCACCCCACAUUGAGCCUUACAUGAAUCGUAAUCCUAUCAACCUUCAUCAACAUAUUAGUCACCUUAUUCUCAAGUAUGGAAAUCAUCCAGCUUUGUACAGGAUGCGCCGUUUACAUCAGAGACCAGACGCAAGAGAACUACCAGUUUUUUACAUUUAUGACUCUUAUUUAACUCCAGCACCAGCUUGGCGUGAGCUUUUAAGUGCUAAGGGAAAUCUAAGCAUUCGAGGGACCCAUCUUGAUGCUGUGUUUCUGGGUCUCCUGGUAGAAAUGCAACAUCGCUAUGAUAUAAAGAAGGCUCAUUUUGAUGGUUUCUAUACUUACUUUGCUACUAAUGGAUUCACAUAUGGAUCAACUUGGAAAAACUGGCGUAGUCUGAGUAAAUUUGCGCAUCAAAACGGCCUAAUAUUUGUACCAUCUGUUGGCCCUGGUUACAUUGACACUCAGGUGAGACCAUGGAACAACGCAAAUGCAAGACAUCGAAGACAUGGAAAAUAUUAUGAGGUGGCAUGGCGUAGUGCCCUAUCAGCACCCGCUGACUUUAUAUCCAUAACGUCAUUCAAUGAAUGGCAUGAAGGAACCCAAAUAGAGCCUGCAGUGCCUCACCAAACAGAAAUGUUCACUUACAUGGAUUACAAGCCAGAAGGGUCUCACUUUUAUAUAAACCUAACACGCUGGUACGUGAAUGAAAUGGUUAAACGCAAAAAUAUGCAGUGAAAUCUUGAAUGUGAAUCUUCUUGGUGAAUUUGUCACUGGUAAGAUCCACAUGUAACAGACUUGUGUUAGUCAUUCAGUCUUAGACUAUUUUUAAAAGUUAUUAAAAUUUGUAUGCUGUUUGGUAUGGAUCUACCUUCGAUUAGUCUUAUCUCACACUCUUUUGACUACAAAGUUAGGAGUAAAGCAAGCGAGCUUUGUAUAUCAAAUUGCUAUGUCUACUAUAUAAAAAUCCAUCCUGCCCAAAUAACCCAUAAUGUGUGAUACUUCCAAAGCAGUGAGGCUUUCAGUUCUAUUUGUACGCACUUUCUCACUUGUUGCCUUACCAGUGUUAUUCUUUUCAUUAAUCCUGCCCUCUAAUUUUUACAACAAUAUUGUGAUAUUACCUUCUUUACUAGCAUAUCAAUCUAUUAUACAUUCCUUCUAGAUUUAAAGCAAAGUGUCUGUGAUGCCUGGGCCUAAAUACAGUGCCAAAAACAACAAUUUGCAGCAGAACUAAUGUCAUACUUUUAACUAUUAUUAAUUUAUCUAUAAGUGUUCUUUAUACACCAGUAAUGGUAGUUUUCAUUUAUUUGCAUGAACUCUAAAACUUUAUCCACUUUACUGCUUUAGCUACCUCAUGCACAUGUUUCCACUCAUGUGAGCUGUACUGAAUAUUUGACUCCUCACUCUUAUUUAUUGCUAUAAUUACAGUAGGUCAACAUGUGUUGUGUAAAUCCCAUCAGCUUGUGGCUGUGAUGCUUCAUGAAUUUGUUGUUAAUGUGAGCCUUUAAAAUAUUUCUAUUUUCCUGACUGUGAUUUGUAGCUAGUACAAAAUGUUUAUUGAAUAGAUCUGUCCUUUUUUCUUUACUACCCAGGGGAAGUAAAUUGAAUAUUACAUUAGCACUAGAGCUUCCUUAAAUGUUAUGUAUGAAUGCAGUGCAUUGUGCACACACACAGCUUACACCUACUACAGCAAACUGAUUUGAAAUGAUGAUUUUCUCUGAUGUGCUGGCCAAAUAUUUACAUUUUGGACUCAAUUUUCAUUUUAUUAACUUCUGUGUAGUAAAUAUCCUUUGUUAAUUUCCUUAUGCUACAUGAUAAUUAAAUCAUUUUGUAGAAGGAACAUUAAA